CUCAAUUAUUAGGAAGAACGAUGCUCAUCAAUCAUAAUCCAACCAAAUCAGGAGAACUUUCUUUAAGUUAAUUUACACACACAAUAUAUAUGUAAGCCAUUGCAUGUCCUUUCUUCCAUACCCCUUUCUCUCAUUUUCUCUUUUUCUUUCCCUUUCUCCCACCCUUUCCAAAUGAAGUUCCAAGUAAUGGAGAUUCUAUUUGGUAAAAAUACCCCAAAACAAAUGAUCCCAAAAGUGACUUUACUAGCAGUCUUUGCCAUACUUGUUUUUACUGUGACCCCCCUGUCAUACCCUUUGUUUAGAUACUCUUCAUCAUCAUCCCUGAAGAACAAAGAAUCCAAGCAACCAUCCUCAGCAUUUGAUGAUUUGAAUGAGUCAGCAAGCUUGCCAUCAACUUCUGUGAAGAAGUGUGACAUUUUUACAGGGGAAUGGGUCCCAAAUCCAAAGGCUCCAUAUUACACAAACAAAACAUGCUGGGCAAUUCAUGAACACCAAAAUUGCAUGAAGUAUGGAAGACCAGACUCAGAGUUCAUGAAAUGGAGGUGGAAGCCAAAUGGAUGUGAACUCCCCAUAUUCAACCCUUUCCAGUUCCUAGAAAUUCUUAGGGGAAAAUCCUUGGCAUUUGUUGGAGACUCAGUUGGCAGAAAUCAGAUGCAAUCCAUGAUAUGCCUCCUAUCAAGGGCGGAAUGGCCUAUAGAUGUAUCAUACACACGAGAUGACUAUUUCAUGAGGUGGAAGUACCCAAGCUACAACUUCACAAUGGCCAGUUUUUGGACAACCCAUUUGGUCGAAUCCAAAGAAGCAGAUAAAAAGGGUCCUGGAAAUGGACUCUUCAACCUUUACCUUGAUGAGCCUGAUGAGAAAUGGAUAACACAAAUUGAAGAUUUCGAUUAUGUCAUUCUCAAUGCAGGACAUUGGUUUACGCGGUCAUUGGUGUUCUACGAGAAACAAAAAAUUGUUGGAUGCCAUUACUGCCUCAUGGAAAAUGUCCCUGACUUAACCAUGUACUAUGGCUACAGAAUGGCACAUAGGACUGCAUUCAGAGCCAUCAAUAGGUUAGAGAACUUUAAGGGUGUAACAUUUCUUAGGACAUUUGCACCAUCUCAUUUUGAGAAUGGGUUGUGGAAUGCGGGAGGGAAUUGCCUUAGAACUAAGCCAUUUAAGAGCAAUGAGACACAAUUAGAAGGACUCAAUUUGGAGUUUUAUAUGAUUCAAUUGGAGGAGUUCAAAACUGCUGAGAAGGAAGCAAGAAAGAAGGGUUUGAGAUAUAGGUUACUUGAUACCACACAAGCAUCAUUGUUGAGGCCAGAUGGUCAUCCAAGUAGAUAUGGGCAUUGGCCUAAUGAGAAUGUGACAUUGUAUAAUGAUUGUGUGCACUGGUGCUUGCCUGGCCCUAUAGACACUUGGAGUGAUUUUCUGCUGGAAAUGUUGAAGAUGGAAGGUGUAAGAUCAGCUGAAGAGAGGCUACAUGUGCACAAAGAUUGACAAAUGAAAUAAACUUAAUACAUUCAUCAAUUUUAUGUGUUAUCUUACCACAUGCACGUGUUUUGUAAGUCUUUUUUAAGAUCAAAUUUGAUUAAUGUUUUCACUAAUACCCUUACUAAAAAAAUAAUCAGUUAUUCUUGUACAUGCAAUAUAAAAACAUUUUGGAAGCAAUAUGUUAUAAAUCAAAGAAAGGUCCGAAACAAAGGUGGAGG